UUUCCCGAGGAGCCCCCCCGCUCGGCUGGGCGGCGUCUGCGCUCGGCUGGGCGGCGUCUGCGCCCGGGCGGCGGCGAGCAGCCUGGGAGGGGGUCGGAGCAGAGUGCAAGAUGGCGAGUGGGAGAAUGACGACAAAAGAGAUAAAAGCGAGGAGGCGGAGGAGGACAAAGAAAAAAAUGCCUCGCGCGCGUUGGCGCGAGGACGGGCGGCCCGGCGCGUCGUGGCCAGCCGCCAGCACGCCCCCGUGGCACGGGCGCCCCGCGCGCAUCGGCGCCGGCCAGCGCCCCCUCCCUCGAGCGGCUUGGGGGCGGCUGGGCGCCGAGGACGAGGGCGAGGACCAAAUCGGGCGAGGAUGAAUCUCGCC